AUGGAAACUUCUCUUGGCGUCCAGGAUUGGAAAGAAAUUGAGGCCCUUAUACAGAAGGCAUUGGGGGCUCGUGAGACAUAUCGAACCGGCACUAGAGAUGCACGCACCAUGGCUGCAGCUUGGAGGCCCAUCAUGCGACUGCUGGCAAAGUUUCCCGAGGGCACAUUUACCAGGAACAAUCACCAAGACAUCGCUGAUAUUGAUCCAUACGGUAAAGAAGUCCUCACUGCAUUCACCGAGGGCAUGUGGGCAUUCAGUUUAGGCCCCGAGCUUGACGAUUUGGACUGUCCCCAAACUGCCACCGAUCUCUACUCGUAUUUUGGCCAGGACUUGUAUCAAAUUUGGUACCGUUCUGAACCGAAAGACCACAAAAAUUGGGCCACUUUGUUUCGCGAAGUAACGAACAACGUCGCCGACUACAAUCUCAUUACAGCAGAUACCACGGCACGUCCGGGUUUGGGUAAUUCGCCACGAGCAGCUAUGGCAGCCCAUGCUUGGGUCAUUACGAAUUCUAUGUGUGGCAGUGGUGAUGUUGGACAUGCAAUUGCGAGCGAAGCAAGACAGCUUUGGGAGAAUAGAUGUGGCCCUUUUGUCGUGUCGCAUAAUUAG